AUGUCCAAGUUCCGGUUAAGCCGGGCACUCGCCGCAGUUGUCCCGCAUCACCUCCGGUCUCACCACCCAAGAGGUCUAUCAGCCAAAUUCGCUCUUGUUGUUCCAUUAUCCAUAAUGAUCCACCUGCAGUAG